GCCACCUGCUGCGCAAGCAGCCGACUGUCUUGCGGUUUGUAUGCGCGCCGGUCCGGCUCGCGCUCGCUGCAUCAUUCGGAAACUUACCCAAGAGCAGGCAAGACGACGACCAUGAAGUCGGUGACGAUGCUCCUCGCCCUCGCCCUCGCCCUCGCCACGACGACUGCAACCCAAGUGAGCGUCUGCCGCGACGCCACGUAUGACAUUGCCGGCGCGAUCUGCGCGGGUGCCGGCGUGGCGCCGGCUGGCAUUGCGUGCCCGUUGAAGGGCACGGUGGCCAAGCAGGACUGCCACCCGUACUUGCCCUCGUUCGAUGCGACGACGCAGACGUGUAUUGCCAAGGAAGACGCUAAGUGCGUCCAGCUCGCAAACGCGGCCUGGGGCUGCGCGUUCCCGUCCGUGCCCUGUGGCACUUCAACGCCGCAGUGCGACACGAUCUCGGUGCCGACGACGUGCGCGUCGUGGGACUACAGCGAGGCCGACACGCCGAGCGAAAUCAACUUUGACAUCUCGGGGGCGCCGGCCGCGUGGUUUGUCGCGACGGGGGCGCUGCCCGAUUACCAGGUGGGCUGCCUCGACGGCUCGCCCGUGCAGCCAUUGAACCCGCCGACACCGAAGCCGUCGGUGCCGACGCCAGCCCCGUCGGUCCCUACACCGGCACCCUCUGUGCCCACGCCGGCGCCGUCGGUGCCAACGCCUGCGCCCACGACGCCUGCACCCACGCCCGCGCCGACAACGCCUGCACCCACACCGGCGCCCACGACGCCUGCUCCGACGCCUGCGCCCACGACGCCGGCCCCUACGACGUCGACACCUGCGCCGACCACCUCGACGCCAGCGCCUACCACCUCGACCCCUGCGCCGACUCCUGCUUCCUCGACGCCGACGCCCGCACCCACGACGCCUGCGCCUACGCCCGCGACGAGCACACCGAUGCCGACCCCUAAGUCGAGUACGCCGUGCCCAGGAACGACGUCUCCGGCCCCGACGACCGAAACUCCUUGCCCAACGUCGAUGACGCCCAAGCCCGAAACGACUGGCCCUGUCCCCACUUCAAGCACGCCUUGCCCGACCACCGUGACGCCUGUCCCGACACCUGUCUCGAGCACGCCCUACCCGACCAACGUGACGCCAGUCCCGGCACCUGCUUCGAGCACUCCUAGCCCGACGCCUGCUGGUAGCACCCCGUGCCCGAACACGACUAAUGUGACGCCGAACACGACUACUGUGACGCCGAACACGACCAUUGUGACGCCGAACGCGACUACUGUGACGCCGAACACGACCAUUGUGACGCCGGCGCCAACGUCGUCUGCCUAUCGCCGCAUGUAGAAUGCCGGCUUUUCUCGCUUUGAGUCUACCUAAUAUAUUUUGCAUGCAUCUA